AUGAGGGGCGCAGGGAUGUUGUUGAGAGACUUGGGAUCCAUAUUGGCAUUGCACGUGCAGUCCGCCAAGCCAUACGGCCGAGUUGCAAAAAAUAUGAACAAAAUAAUGGCCAUUGAUGCCGACGACCUUCGUUCACAGUUUCUUCAGCUCCUUCGUACCCGUCGUACUCCUCAAGUUCCACUCUGUGUGAUACCUGGAAAACCUGUGAAUGAUCCAUUAUAUCAGGAAUUUCCAAAGCCAAAAUUCAGUGAGGUAAUGGCAUCUUGCCCUAAGGAAGAUAUUCCCAAUAUGAAGGAACAUCUUCAAGAGCAAAAUUUCUACUUGAUCACAGAGGAAGGUGAGCAAGGGCGGUUGCCUGUCUUGGUAUUGAGUAUGAAGGAAGCCCAUAAGAAAAAAAGGCCAGCUAUUGUCUUCCUGCAUAGUACAAACAAAUGUAAAGAGUGGUUACGGCCAUUGCUUCAGGCAUAUGCUUCGAGGGGAUACAUAGCUGUAGCAAUUGAUUCUCGAUACCAUGGAGAACGUGCCACCAAUAUUACAACAUAUCGUGAUGCCCUUAUAUCAUCAUGGAAAAAAGGUGAUACAAUGCCUUUCAUAUAUGAUACGGUGUGGGACUUGAUAAAACUGGCGGAUUAUCUAACAGAGAGGGAGGAUAUCGAUUUGUCAAGGAUAGGAAUUACUGGUGAAUCACUUGGAGGUAUGCAUGCAUGGUUUGCUGCAUUUGCUGACUUUCGCUAUUCAGUAGUUAUUCCUAUAAUCGGAGUUCAGGGAUUUCGGUGGGCUAUUGAGCAUGAUCGAUGGCAGGAAAGAGUUGACAGUAUCAAGGGUGUGUUUGAAGAAGCACGUUCCAAUUUAGGCAGGAAUAAAAUUGACAAAGAAGUGGUUGAGAAGGUCUGGGACAGAAUUGCUCCAGGUUUGGCUUCUCGAUUUGAUUCACCAUAUACAGUGCCGGCGAUUGCACCACGCCCUUUGCUGAUUUUAAAUGGAGAGGAAGAUCCUCGUUGUCCAAUUGCUGGCCUGGAUAUUCUAACGUCAAGAGCCCGUAAAGCUUGUGCAGAUGCUAACUGUCCACUUAAUUUCAAGCUGAUAGCCCAAGCUGGUGUUGGCCAUCAAAUGACUCCGUUGAUGGUAAAGGAAGCGAGCAAUUGGUUUGACAGGUUCUUUAAAGUGUAAUUCAGGACAAGUGAUCAAGUGAAGACUUGAGCAAAAACUUAUAUCAGAGAUUAUGAGAUUCCUUGGACUACUCUGAAUUACAAUAUUUAUACCAUGUCAAUUUUAUGUUUUAUAUAACGUUUAGUUUAGCUUUCAACUAAA